AUGCUUACCAUCCAUGAAGCAGGUUUUCAGACGGUUGCUAUUUUCAUGCAGAGCGGUGAAUUGGAGAAAAAGGAGCCAGCGACAAAUGCACUAAGUGACAGCGUGGAGGACUCAUCGAACAAGAUCUUUAUUGGCGGAUUUCCAAAAGCAAUUUCAUCUGAAAUGCUAAUGGAGAUUGUCAGCGUCUUUGGACCUUUGAAAGCAUACCGGUUUGUGGUUAACAAUGAUCUCAAACAGCGAUGCGCUUUCCUAGAGUACACUGAUGGAUCUGUUACCCUUAAAGCGUGUGCUGGCCUUAAUGGUAUGAAGUUAGGUGGCAGUGUAAUAACUGCCGUCUGUGCACUUCCUGAUGCAUCAUCUGUUGCGGUGAAUGAGAAUCCACCGUUCUAUGGGAUACCUGAGCAUGCAAAACCACUUCUUGGCAAGCCUAAGCAUAUUCUAAAGCUUAAGAACGUGGUUGACCCAGAAGAUCUACCUUCGCUUUCCGAGCCAGAAGUGAAAGAAAUUCUGGAGGAUGUACGGUUAGAAUGUGCCAGGUUUGGGGUUAUUAAGUCGAUAAACAUCGUGGAACACGGAAGCAAAGAUAUUAGUGGUUCCAAGACAGAUGCAUCGUUGAACCCAGAAUCUGAAGAAUUGAAUGUGUCAGUGAUUCAAGAGAAAGACGAGGGAUCCACCAAGAAAGCGGAUAAUAUUGCAGGAGAAGUUUUCAGGCCAGACAGUUUGACGGGUGAAGACAAAUUAUGUGAACCGUGCUCAGAUCCUGCCGCUGAGACAAACACUCAAUCAAAUGAAGACCAUGUCUCCACUGAACCAGACCAUUGUGAAAAGAUUAUUGGGGAAAGUGCACAGGACGAGGCCGAGAAUCCGCAAGAAGAAGCAGGAUCAGCUAGUGCAAGGGACGAGGCUGAGAAUCCGCAAGAAGAAGUUGUAUCAGCUCGUGCGGUCAAGACAAGAUGGGACAGUGGCGACAAGAUAGAGGAAGAACAAGACCCCAAGGAAGUGUUUGAGGCUGGUUGUAUCUUCAUUGAGUACAGAAGACCAGAAGCCACACGUGAUGCAGCACAUUCGUUGCACGGAAGGCUGUACGAAAACCGGAUAGUGAAAGCUGAAUAUGUUUCUAAAGAGCUUUACCAAAUCAGGUUCCCAAGUGGGUAA